CUUACUGCAGACCAACCACCAGCUGUCUGAAGAAAGCGUUGUGGGAAUUCCCAGUUCAAACCAUUGUGAGCAAGACUCCUUUUCUUUGCUUUAGCAGCCAUGCAGGACUGUACACGGCUGAUUGGAUGACCAGCAUGUUUCUGGCAGCCGAGGCAUCCUGGCCUGUGCUCUGGUUGUGGUCUCCAGCUCUCUUCUGCCUCCUCUUCUGUGCCCCUUCCGGUUGUUGCACCUCCUGCCCUGAGCAGUGUCAGUGUACCAACUACUCGGGAGCGACAGCUGUUCUGUGUAGUUCCAGCAACCUGGACGAGAUUCCCAAGGAUAUUCCCAAAGACACCAUGUUCUUGAAGCUGGAUGCGAAUAAAAUCACUGCUGUCCCCAACAGCACCUUCAGGCACCUUGCCCACUUGCAAGAGAUAGACCUCUCCAAAAAUGCCAUUGAGCAGAUCGACUCGGCAGCAUUCAAAGGGGUGGCUGAUGGCCUGAGAUUGCUUGAUCUCUCUGGCAACCAUAUUCAGAGGAUCCCAAAGGAAGCCCUGGUGAACUUGAAUGCCAUGAUCCGUCUAUCCAACAACCCCUGGCAUUGUGAAUGUACUUUGCAGGAAGUCUUGGGGGAAGUGAAACUAGACCCUGACUCGGUCAAUGAGAUCACCUGCCAAACGUCAGUGCAGGAGGAAUAUGCUGGCAAACCUCUGCUCCAUAUCCUUGAUUCCGGCAUCAACUUUUGCAACAUGCACCAGAAAACUACCGAUGUUGCCAUGUUUGUUACCAUGUUCAGCUGGUUUACCUUGGUCAUUAGCUAUGUGGUGUACUACGUUCGACACAACCAAGAGGACACAAAGAAGCACCUGGAAUACCUGAAAUCACUGCCUAGCACAAGGGUUCCUAAAGAGUCCAUCAGCACUAUCCUGUAGCCAGCCACUCAGCUGGAAAUCCAGUUUUCUAAAGGAGGGAAUGUUGGGUGGGAUCUGGAUCUUUUAUUUCUUAUUAGUUCUGCAAGGACUUUU